AUCUGUAUUUGCUUUUGGGUGAAGUUUCAUGAAAUUGCAGAUAAAACUUCAUUGCGAUCUUGAAGGGUGAACGUGUGAAUACCGCGGGAAGUAACUUACACAUCACAGGCCUAUUAACAUCACAGAUACACUAAAGAUGGAGAGAGUAGUAGCUGGACUUCUACUUUUAUUCUUUUUAUCAAAAACGAUGGCACUGCAUAUUGUUGUCUCGCCGGAUGAGGCUGCAAAGUUAAUGAAACGAGAUGACGAAUUCUCCAAAGGAUUGGCAGGUUUUAUUGAUGAAAAACUAUCAGGCAAGCAACAUAUAAAAGUCACACGCAGUGAUAAAGUUGGUGAAUUAAAAUCAAUGAUAAGAGAAUUAUUAAACAAAGCUGAUGAAAGCAAAACUCAAGAAAAAAAGCAAGUAUCACCACCCGCCCUGCCUCUUGAUACUCAGACAAAAGAAGUUUCAGACCUGGAAGUUUUGGUGAAAAAUUUGCUUAAGGAAGUUCGCAACAAGAGAAAGAGGGAACAGGACGGAUGGGUCCAUUGGGGAAAGAAGGAAGCUGAGAAGGACGACAAAAAGGAUUCUGCGGAGGAUUCAGACGUUGAGCUUGCCAGCUUGUACAAAAAGUUGAAGGAUUUUGUAAAUAAAGAGGAAGCGAAGGAUGAAAGCACUGGGAAUGCUGUUGUUAGCGAAGAGACAAUAAUUACUGACUCUGGGGUCGGGAAGAAUGAUGUUAAAAGAUCAAAGGCCAAAGGUGCAGAAUCUGGCCUCGUUUCUAAGUUGGACAAUCUUAUAAAAGAGAUUACAACAAAGGCGAAGGUCAGCCAUUUAGAUGUUGGAGAUUUGUCUUUGAACGCCAUUAAGAAGAUGAUCGCUGAUAAAGAAAGUUCAGCUGCUUCAGAUGUCAAAGAGCCAGAGGUCAAAGGUCAUCCAAAACCAGAAAGUGAUAAAGAAAAUGAUAUAUCACUUGACUCGCUUCUGGACGAUGCCAAACAGUUGCUGAGGAAAUACAAACCAAAAUCGAGCCAUAGUGGAGAGAGUAAAUCGGAUGAGAUUGUGAAAGAAGACGUCGCUGUUGAGACGACAACAAAGUUGAAAAGAAAAACGAAAGAGGAGCAACGAAAAGAAUUGCUGGCGAAGCUGAUCAAGCAUUACAACUCAUUAAUGAAGAGAUCAGCAAAACCAUCAGACGAUGUCGAGGACGAACUGGAAAAGCUUUCGAAGAAUCUCAACAAGAGAGAAGCUCAUACAAGCAAUGUCAGUAAAGAGACUGAAAGAGCCAUUAGGGGAUUUGAUAUCGAAGUAAGUGGUAAGAAAAAACGCAGCUCGCAUCCAAAGUAAAUAUAACCCCUGUCUGUUUUAUUUAUCAGUUUUCGUGCGUAACAAAAGAAUCUCCUAAUAUAGUAUUCUCACACCCUGUUAAGGCCUUUUUUUAGAAUCCAACAAAGUACCAGAGUUAGUAGGCCUAAAAUUUGAAAACUGCCCCUGUGAAAUUAUGCUAAUAGCGCCCUGUGUUUUGAAUUCCAUAGCUUGUUUAUUUGCAUGCAUUGCUAAAUAGCAUCAGACCUGUUUUACAUGCUGAACAGGCCUAAAGACCUGUCUUUAAGCCUGUUUCUAGAGUCCAGAAAAUUGCCAGCAUUGAUAAGUCUUGAAUUUGAAAAAUACGCCAGCGAAAUUGAAAAAUACGCUAACAGUUCUUUGUGUUUUGGAUUCCAAAGCGCGUUAACUAUAAACAGUCUAGAUACCUUUAGACCUGUCUUUACAUUGUCUUUAGGCCUAUUUCUAGAGUUCAGAAAAUGUUUCAAAAAUUUUACAGAUACUCCGGCGAAAUUUUCAUAAAGGCUCCCACUGUUUCGAAUUCAAAUGAUCGCAAACUUUACAAGAUGCUAAAUAUAUCCACCCCUUAAAGUCUUGACAGACAGCUCCAUUGACUUAGGCCAACAUGCUCCAGCUCCAUUCCAAAUAUUUUUAGCUUUAAUUUUUAAUGAUAUUCCUUACAACUCUCCAACCUUUUGGACUUUCCCCCCUCGUUUAGCUCUUGUUGUAUCCUUUACCAUUAUUCAAAUUAACCAAUCUGAUUGUGACCUCAAUAUUUCUGUUUUUACUCUUCACCCCUGCUUAUUGCAAUUUUUUAUCAAAUUUCUUUGUUGACAAAAAACACAAGUGUUCAAAUAUAAAAUUCAUUUAUCAAUUAGCUUAAAACAAUUCGAGAUAAAUCUUUGGACAACUUACUUAUUCAAGAAUUCAAGUGUAAUAUUUUUUACGCCAUGACUGUCCCGCGGUAAGUCGCAGUCUUCUGCGGCAAACGUUCCCAGUAAGCUUGUUCUGCAGAUAACCGCGUUGGUAUGUAUUUGAAUACAAAACCAUGAAAGCAUUCCUUUUUAAAGCAUUCCAGAUUUCUAGUAUCAUAUUUUUAUUCCACAAAUUGACAUACCGUAGCUUGUCCCGCGGUUGGUCACGGUAAUUCAAAUCAUUUCCCGGCUAGCAAACGUUCAAUAAGCUUAUCCCGCGGGAAACCGCGCUUUUGUAACAGUUCAGGCAGUAAAGUCAUAUUUUUAUAUUGUAGAAGCGCCAUUUUUAGUUAAAGCAAACAUUUUCUAUAAUUUUUAAUUGCGUUUUAUAAUAGUCCUCUGAAUAAACUUUUAUAAAUAAACUCUUCGUCCACUGAGCAAUAUGACUUCGCAGACUUUUGACGCGAAGGAAAUUUUUGAUAAUAUUUUGAUAAUUCUUGAACACGCUGUCUUGUAUGUAGAUUUUUAAUAAGUCUUUAUACAAUUAAAAAUGA